CGGGCCGCAAGAAGCCACGAGCAGAAAGGGUACGUCGCUGCUCGACCAGGUCUAUGCCCUGUUACGUUGCUCGAGGAAGGGCGGCAACAGCAACGGACCUAUUUAGGACCUCGUAAGCGAGCACGUGAGAAUCAGCUACGAGGUCCUGUUUCGGGCUCCUGUAAACGAGUGUGAUGUGCGAAUAGCCACAGCGAACAAACGGAUGUGUUAAUAGUGAUUGGAAGAAAAUAGUGACAAGUUUAGACUCAAGUUGACCUUCGACAUUUAGGCUCCGACAAGCCUUUCAAAUGUGCAGAAAUAAUAGAAUACUUUGUUAUUAUUGUUAAAAACUUCACCAAGAAAGCUGGUGCUGCCGUUGUUUAACUUAGUAUGAGGUCAAAGUGCGUAUGCCUCGUUGACUUUCGGCAACUGACUUAAAGUGGACUGAACAAGUUUUGAAAGUUUACCCUGGAUGACCCGUGAAACUAGAACCUGUUCGAAAUUUUUUAUGCAACACCUCCACACAAUUUACUACUUCCAGGAUAUCAUCAGCGGGCGCAAUGGAUCUAACAACAUCACUAGACAAGACCACGUCUGCAACUCCUGUUAAGGAUGAGCCAAUCGUCAUAAAUGACGACGGUCUGCAAGCCAACAAUAAGAAGCCUGAGGACACUACAGCCAACAGCACCUCGAUAGGUUCCGCUGGGCCUGAUAAACAAACGGGCACCUCUGAUCGUAAAUCCCACUGCUCCUUAGGCAAAGCGACUUCCUUAAACAGUUCAUCGUCGAGAGCUUCCAGCGCUCCCAUUUUUAGCCAAGGGCCCGCCCAUCUCUCAAAUAACCGCAGCCCAGCAACAAACGACGGUAGCAACUCGACGCCCGAAGAAAUGGCGUUAUCGCCAUUAGAAGUAACGGGACCAACAGCUUCAAUCGGUUCCCCCACAGAACAUGGUAAACUAAGGUCUUCAUCACAACAUAGCUCAGAGGGGGCAAGCAAACUUCAGAAAGCAGCGUCCUCUUACCUUGACAGCUUGACAUCACUGACCCCGUCUCUUAUUUCGACACCCGCUGUGGGUUUUGGUUCUCAGGCCGCAUUAUGGCCGAGCCUCGCCGGGAGUUUCUUGCAUCCCUUGGUCGCAUCACAGUUAGGAAUUGAUCUGGCGCAACUUGCGGGCCUGGGCGCAAGUGGCGGUCCAAGUUCGUUGGAUGGCCUGGCUGGAAAUUAUUAUACUUCAGAACUCACUGGUCUUAUCCAACGUUCUUCACAACAUAGUACAAAUGGAGUAGUACCGCAGCAUCUGAUGACAGAAAAGGGACGCGACUCUGGCGAAUCGGCAUUAGUUAGCAAUGCCGCGAAGUCCAGUCAGUGCUCCAAAAGUUCGUCGCAAUGUCAACAGCUGGGACUUGCAAGUCAUCGGGGCGUGAUUGGUGGGUCGAAACCUAAGGUGGCUACCCCUCAGGUAGUAGCCAAAAUUGAGUCCUAUAAAAAAGAAAAUCCAACUAUAUUCGCAUGGGAAAUCCGUGAACGACUUAUCGCUGAUGAUGUCUGCACCAACAGCACAGCCCCUUCCGUCAGCUCCAUUAACCGCAUUCUGCGCAAUCGGGCCGCUGAGAGGGCAGCCGCGGAGUUCGCUCGCGCGGCAGGGUACGGAGUUGGAGGAACCGGCGCUCUAGGAGGCGGGGUUGGUGGCAUGCCUCUUGGAGCCUUGGCACACGCUCAGUCUAGUGUAAAGAUAGCGGGGCAUAUGCACACGGUGAUUUUAGGACCGAAAAACGACUCAGCUCCAUCACCUCCGCAUAUUUGGUCACCUGCGCUCAUACAAGCGGCACCUCAUGGGAAUCACCACGACACAGAUCGUCUAAACCAUUUCAAAACACUAACAGACAGCGGCGAUCGAGCUAGCGGAGACGAAUCAAAUGGUGAAUCGGAUGACACUGACCGUCCCAAGUUCCGCCGUAAUCGGACAACCUUCAGUACAGAACAACUGGAAAUGUUAGAAGAGGAAUUCGAAAGAACCCACUAUCCAUGCGUUGAUACUCGGGAACGCCUUGCAACGAAGACCGGCUUGUCUGAAGCGCGCGUGCAGGUUUGGUUCUCGAACAGACGAGCGAAGUGGCGCCGUCAUCAGCGAAUGCAUUCAUUUGGUCGUGCAUCUUCGCCGCCUUUAUCUUCAAACGGCCAUCGAAGCGCAGAUUCGUCUUUGGCAGAUUCGCCCACUCCCACGUCGCCUACAGCGCCAUUUAUCGAAAGUCAUGCUCCGGCCGACAAAAGCCUCAGUCACCCGUUCUCGAUCAAUAACGUAUUAAUGCACUUGAGCGCAGCUCAGGCCGCUGCUCAGGAAGCCGCUACCUCGAAUUUGCAAUCCCUUAUUGUGAAUCCGUUUGCCGCUGCAGCUGCUGCGACGGAUGCCGCCAUGCGAGACGUUAUAGGACCUAUCCAUCAUCUAUCAGCAUUCACGAGACCCGUUCAGAAGCAUCCUGUCGCUGGAGGUGGGGCCGAGCGCCACGUUGGAGAUCCUUAGUCCUCAAUGCUUGAUUAUAGGCUAGCUUUUUUAUUACUGGUUCAACAUCCUGUAACAUUAUCUAUUGUGAACCAAGGGCUUUGAGUGCGGCAUGUAACCUUUCUUUGCAUGAGAGUUAACCAUAGUUAAUAGGAAAAUUGGCUACUGAUCAUGUAUGUUACAUCCUAGAUACUAUUUAACUAUAAUAUUAGCACGCGGCAGUGGAACAGGAAAUUGGUAGGACUAGUUUGCAUCUGGUACAAUACAAUAUUUGUACCGCGGAAUUUACCGUGAAUUGUGCCUUAAAGCUUCCAAGUACCCAGAGUGAGCUAUAUAUAAGGUAAACGAAUUAUGUAGGUCGUACUAUACUCAUAUGAUUCCGAAAUGUUAUUGCUUGGCAAAGGAACGGUAAUAUCUAAAGCGUGAAAAUUAUUUAACGGAUUAGGCCAAUACCGCAUGCUGUAUGUAUGUAGUAAAUGAUAUAUAUAUAUAUAUAUAUAUAUAUAUUAACUUUUAAUUAUUUAUUUUCUAUGGAAAAAAUAGAGCUAGUGUUUAUCUUUUAUUGCUUGCUUAUUUAUUGAUGAAUGUUGAGAGGGUUAGUUGUGAUUAUGGCCUAAUCUAGAAGUAGUGUAAAU